CUAUUCUUUCUCACGCUUCUUCCGUUUUUCCGCUCUGUUCGUUCGUUUUCUUCCGCGGUCCUUUGGAGAUACUGUUAAGGUUCCCGUUGGUUCACCACCGCCUUUGUCACCCACAUCUUCCAUGCUAAUUAUCUCUGUAUUUCUCCGUUGUGUGCGCGUGCCAGGCUGACGAAACUAGGGUAAAUUGCAGCGGCAAGUUUUCUCCUAUUCAAGUUGAAUUCGUCAAUUUUCGAGGGAAAUUGGGGGUUGAACACCGUCGGAUUCUGGCGAGGCGCUUUCGGCGGAUGUCGGAAGUCCGGCCAGGGCUCCAGCAGUGGCUUGGGCUUCAAAUUGAUGCAAUUGGGUCUGUUUGGAGUUGUUUGGGUGGCCCAGGAGUUCCAAACAGGUCUGUUGGGUCGGGAUCUGGGUUCGGGCAGCCGGGUUGGCUACUGCCAGGCAUGUCGGGGUGGGUCCGGCAACGAUGGGGACUUCUCUGCCUGGGGCUGCGGGUCCGUGGAUCUAUUCCUCGAUCUUGAUUUCACACAGGUUGGAAUGUUACAUUUUGUUAUCGGAGCAUGUGGUUUUAAAAUCGAUUUUCGGCCAAAAAAAAUUUACUUUCGAAAAAAAGCAUCCAUUGCUUGCGAUGUCACUGCUCCAGGAGGUGAUGAAUAAAGAGAAGGAAGUUAUGGCUUUCACACAAGGCAAGAAAAGGAGUUGUCUCACUUGGAAUGGACAAAUGGAUGUGAUACUCAUUUCGGUGUUAUACGACCAAAUCAAAGAGAGCAACAAGGGCGAUGGAGAUUGGAAGCCACAAGCUUACCAAGCUGUAGCUGAUAAACUAAGGUCUCAAUUGGGUGUAUCGGUCAUAGUGGAACAUUGAGUUUCAAAUGCUCAAGGACUUGCCAGAAGAUGAGAAGCUAGAUUGGAUAUUGUUGUGCUUGGAAGAGUGAUUGAGUUAUGAACAACUACGCAAUAUUAAAUAUUUGCUACAAAUUAAUACUUUUUCUAAUUGUCAUACAUUAGUAUGUAUUUUGUUUAUGAAACAAUUGGUCAUUAUGUUAUUUGAGAUUAUGUUUACAAUAUUUUAUUCAUUAAAGAUUUGAAAUGAAA